AUGAGUGCCACGUCCAGGCACUGUGUGGAUGUGAGUGCGCAGUGGUGCUGGUGCGAUUGGGGUGCUGGUGUGGCAGUGGUGCUGGUGCGAGUGGGGUGCUGGUGUGGCAGUGGUGCUGGUGCGAGUGGGGUGCUGGUGUGGCAGUGGUGCUGGUGCGAGUGGGGUGCUGGUGUGGCAGUGGUGCUGGUGCGAGUGGGGUGCUGGUGUGGCAGUGGUGCUGGUGCGAGUGGGGUGCUGGUGUGGCUGUGGUGCUGGUGCAAGUGGGGUGCUGGUGUGGCUGUGGUGCUGGUGCGAGUGGGGUGCUGGUGUGGCUGUGGUGCUGGUGCGAGUGGGGUGCUGGUGUGGCUGUGGUGCUGGUGUGAUUGCGGUGCUGGUGGCCUAAUCAUCACAACCACCCACUUGCCCUCCUCCCCACACCUCUCAUCCUUCCUGGAUCGCUGGAAGCACCUCAAUGCCUCGCAGUACCCUGGACUCUCCAAAGAGACGCCAUCCCCAUACGCGCUCUCGUCCCACGAUGCUGUCACCCUCGUUGCACGGGCACUCCACUCUCUGCUCUACCCCUCCCCUCCUGCAUCGACCAACUCCUCCUCUCAUGCACUCAAGCAGACGCAGCAGCGGAAUAUAAGCCCCCAUCAGCAGAGUAUAAGCCCGCAGCAAGAGCGGCAGCAGCAAAAGAGAGUGCAGCAGCAAGCAGGGCAGCAGCAAGAAGGGGAGGGGGGGGCAUUCCAGCAGCUGGAGCUGCCGGUGCUGCCGUCCCUCCCCAACGGCACCCAGGAUGCCCUUGCCCCACCACUCACCCGCCUGCAACAAAGUGCAAUGGGACCGGCACUGCGGAAAGCUCUUCUCAAGACCAGCUUCGACGGGCUGCAGGGCAGGAUCGCACUAACCCCACAUGGCGACCUGGCAGAAAGCGAGAUCCGCAUUUUGAACAUCCAAAAACGGGCCCCCAUGGAAGUGGCCCUCUGGUCUUCCUCCCUCGGCCUCGUCCCCUCCUCCUCCCGCCCACCCCCCCAAUCUGCCCCGCCUUCCACCGCUUCCCCUGCUCCGCGCCCAGGGCCUGUCGCAGUCCCCAGCACACAGACUCCCAAUGCUCUUCCCAUCAUCUUCCCUGGAGGGCUCACCCAGGUGCCAGCAGGAUCAUUCCCCAAGACUCGCCUUCGAAUCGCAGUGCCGAAUAAACAGCAAUACAAGGAGUAUGUGAACGUGUCAGACGCCCUGGGCGAGGGCAACAGCCGCUUCUCAGGCUACUGCGUGGAGGUGUUCCGCCUGGCCGUUACGCGGUUACCCUACAAGCUCGACUACGAGUUUGUGCUGUACGGUGAUAAGGACCUCAGCUACACUCAGAUGGUGCUGGCUGUCGCCAACAAGACGUACGAUGCAGCAGUGGGGGACAUCACAGUGCUGGACUCGCGGAGCAAAGUCGUCUUCUUCACCUACCCCAUCCAGCAAUCCGGAUUGAGCGUGAUGGGCUACUCGCGGCCGUACAGCAACCCCUGGAUGGUCUUCUCUCCGUUCACGGCCUCCAUGUGGGCGGUCACGGCCGCCAUCUGCCUCACCACGGGGCUGCUCGCCAUGAUGCUGGACCGGCAGCGCACGCCCGACUUCCAGGGCCCGCUGCAGACGCGCCUCAUGACGGCCGUGUGGUAUGGCUGCCACACAUUCUUCUCCAUUCCUGUGUUCCGCAUCAGAACGACGCUCGCAAGGGUGGUCGUAUGUAUCUGGCUGCUACUGGCCUUCAUAAUAGCCAACUCCUACGUUGCCAGUCUCACCUCCAUCCUCACAGUGCAGAAGUUCCUUCCCCAAAUCCUUGACAUCUAUUCCGCCCUCACCAGCAAUUCACCCAUCGGGUACCAGCAGGGCUCCUUCGUGCACACGUACCUGCUGCAGCUCGGUGUUGCCCCUGACAAGCUGGUGUCGUUGGCGGGGGAGAGCGAGUAUGCAUCAUCGCUGGCGUCUGGAAGGGUGACAGUGAUAGUGGACGAGGAUCCCUACCUCAACCUCUUCUCCGCUGCCUUCUGUGACGGCGUGCAGGCGCCGCAGCCCUUCUCCAUCCUCAACCUCGCCUUUGCAUUCCCCAAGGGGUCGCAGGUGGGGGCGGACAUCUCUCAGGCUAUCCUCCAGCUGGCGAUGAAGGGGGAGCUGGAGCGGCUCAAGGAACAGUACUUGCAGAAGGACAAUAUGUGCGUUGACGAUGAGACGGCCUCGGCAGUGUUGACGGAGGUGAAUGUGCACAAGUUCACGGCGCUGCUCAUCCUCUACCUCGUUGUCUCGCUGCUCUGCUGCGCCGCCUAUGUGGGCCUCCUCAUCUACCGCGGUUACCGCUACCACCACCG